AUGUCCCUCUGCUUCCAGUCAGCUACAACUUUCCCCAAGGGCUGUCAUGCCUCCCAAGAGGAUGGCUACAAGACUUUGCGUUGCAGCAAUGCUCAGCUUACAGAAGUACCCAAAGACAUUCCCAAUGACACCAACAGACUGUACCUAGACUUCAAUCAGAUUACCUACCUCCCUUCAGAUGCUUUCCGCAAUCUCCCUGUUCUUAUGGAGCUAGACCUGUCCCACAAUUUCCUGGGUCGUUUAGAUGUUACAGCUUUCAGGAGCUUGAGCGACCAUUUACACUCUUUAGACUUGUCUUCCAACAAACUAGUGUCUGUCAACAAGGAGGUCUUUGCUAACCUGAAGGCAAGAACCAAUCUUUCUGGCAACCCUUGGACGUGUGACUGUGACCUUCAAGAACUCAUAAGGAUGGUAGAGUUGGACCCCAGCUCAUCCAGUGGAAUUGUGUGUGCUAGUUCUGUACUGGAGGAACAUGCUGGCAAGCCCUUCCUUCAAGUGGUCAAAGAUAUUGACCUGUGCAAUGCUUAUAAGAAAACCACGGACGUGGCCAUGCUCGUCACGAUGUUUGGUUGGUUUGCCAUGGUCAUUUCUUACUUGGUGUAUUAUGUACGUCAGAACCAGGAGGAUGCUCGACGUCAUCUGGAGUACCUCAAAUCCCUGCCUAGCAAGCAGAGGCACACAGAGGAGCCCUCAACACUUAGCACUGUGGUUUGA